AUGGCGGCGUCCGCUGGAGGGACCCAGGCCCCUGCAGACGAGGUGCCCGAGCCCCAACGGGAAGCGCACAGCCUGGAGCCCGGCUCGGACAGCAGAGCUGGUCGCCUCUCAUUCUGUACGAAGUUGUGCUAUGGCAUCGGCGGGGUCCCCAACCAGGUGGCCUCCAGCGCCACUGCCUUUUACCUGCAGCUCUUCCUGCUAGAUGUGGCACAGAUCCCCGCUGCCCAGGUGUCACUUGUCCUGUUUGGAGGGAAGGUGUCGGGGGCAGCUGCUGACCCAGUGGCUGGGUUCCUCAUCAACAGAAGCAGGAGGACAGGGUCUGGCCGACUCAUGCCCUGGGUGCUGGGCUGCACACCCUUCAUCGCCUUGGCCUACUUCUUCCUCUGGUUCCUGCCCCCCUUCACCAGCCUUCGAGGACUUUGGUACAUGACCUUCUACUGCCUAUUCCAGGCCCUGGCCACGUUCUUCCAGGUGCCCUACACGGCACUCACCAUGCUCCUGACCCCCAGCCCCCGGGAGCGGGACUCAGCCACCGCCUAUCGGAUGACCAUGGAGAUGGCGGGGACGCUGAUGGGAGCCACAGUCCACGGACUCGUCGUGUCCGGCGCCCACAGUCCCCACAGGUGCGAGGACGACAUCGAGCUCCUGGGGCCGGUCACCGUCUCCCCCAGCGCAACUUGUCUCUACUCCGUUGCAGCCGCCGUGGUUGCUGUGACUUAUCCUGUUUGCAGUGGUUUCCUCCACCUGGGGGUGAAGGAGAGACCAGACCCCUCUGCCCCAGCCUCCAGCCAGGGCAUGGGCUUCCUGGCUGGGCUGGGCCUCACUGUCCGGCACCCGCCCUACCUGAAGCUGGUGAUCUCCUUCCUGUUCAUCUCAGCAGCCAUUCAGGUGGAGCAGAGCUACCUGGUCCUGUUCUGUACACAUGCCUCCCGGCUACAUGACCACGUCCAGAGCCUGGUGCUAACUAUCCUGGUCUCGGCUGUCCUGAGCACCCCACUGUGGGAGUGGGUUCUACAGCGAUUUGGGAAGAGGAUGUCAGCCUUCGGGAUCUGUGUGAUGGUGCCUUUUGCAAUCCUGUUGGCUGUUGUGCCCACAGCACCCGUGGCGUAUGUUGUGGCCUUGGUAUCUGGCAUGAGCAUCGCCGUGUCGCUGCUGCUACCCUGGUCCAUGCUUCCAGACGUGGUGGACGACUUCCAGCUGCAGCACCAGCACGGCCCAGGCAUGGAGACCAUCUUCUACUCCUCCUAUGUCUUCUUCACUAAGCUUUCGGGCGCAGGGGCCCUGGGCAUCUCCACGCUCAGUCUGGAGUUUGCGGGGUACGUGGCGGGAGCCUGCAAGCAGACGGAGCAGGUGGUGGUGACCCUCAAGGUCCUCAUCGGUGCUGUGCCCACCUGCAUGAUCCUCACCGGCCUUUGCAUCCUCAUGGUCAGCCCCACACCAAAGGUGCCAAGCCAGGACGCCUCCCGCCAGCUGAGCCUUCGGAGGAGGACCAGUUACAGCCUGGCAUGA